UUUUAGGAAGUAAAUCUAAAAUUUUAAAUGGACACCAAAGUUACAGCUGGCCACAAUUAAUUUCAGCCUCCAGGUCUAUCAGAUCCUCCAUUGGCAUGGUUCUAGCGUCCCCAUCCUCGCAGAUCCUGCACUAUAAAUCCACCCCACAUACCUUCGUUUCCAACUCACCCAAACAGGCAAUUUUCCUUCAUUUGCAGAUUUUUUUCCCUCGCUUGACAAUGGCUCGCAAGAAGGUGGCCCUCCGGUACAUCCGCAAUAACUCGGCGCGGCGCAAUGCCUUGAAGAAGCACACUAAGAUCCUGAUGAAGAAGGCAGGUGAGGUGGCCGCCGUGCCCGAUGCUAAGGCAUGUGUGGUCGUGUAUGGCGAGGGCAUGGCGGUGCCAGAGGUGUUCCCAUCCCAUGCCGAGGCAGUGGCUAUCCUGAAUCAGUUCAAGAGCAUGCAAGAGGAGGCGCGACUAAAGAAGACGAUGGACCAAGAGAGCAUCCUCCGCGAGCGUAUCGUAAAGCUCCGAGACCAGGUCCAGAAGGCUAGGCGCGAGCAGCAGGACCAGGACGCCAAGAUUCUCCUGUAUAAGGCCUUGAAAAGUGGCCACAUCCCAGACAACAUCGAGGAGCUCACAGCCCUGGGAUCGAAGGUGGACUCAAUCCUCAAGAGCCUAGGUGAAUGCACCCAAAAAAUGAGUGGACAUCCACCAGUUGACCAAGCCCAGGCACCAUACAUCACCAAUGGCAUGGGCAUGGGGCCUCCAAUUAUGUAUCAGGCACCACCACAGCAACAGGAGGGUCGUCUUAACACUGUGAGGUUCGAAAGGGCCCCUACCACUGUGAUCUACAAUAGUGACAAUACUGGUGGCCAUGACGGCAAUAACGUCGUCUUCUCUCGUGGUCACAUGAAUAUGUAA